AUGAAGGGGCUUCUCCGGGGGACCGCCACUGCCCUGGCCUUGUUGCUUUCAGCUUCCUUCAUCUCUUAUUCCAGGAGUGCUCCUCAGGAUCACCUGCAGAGAAGGAACUGGACUCCACAGGCUAUGCUCUAUUUAAAGGGUGCACAAGGUCGUCGGUUCAUCUCAGAGGAGAGUCAGAAGAAGGAUCUCUAUGACAGGUUGCAGCUAGAAACACGGAGCCAACAUGUGAACCCUCUAACCCUUUCUGAAGCUACGGCACUGUUUCUUUCCUCCUUACGAAAAGCACACGAGGAAGGUAAAAGGUCAUUUUGCUCCAGGAGUUCCUUCGCAGUGGAGUUGUAA